AUGGUAUAUCACAGCUUCGAUCGGGCGAAGGAUGAUCCCCACAACUACUACCCCUCUGAAUUUCUCAACUCACUCACUCCAAAUGGGCUUCCUCCACAUGUUCUAAAGCUGAAGAUUAACUGCCUAGUUAUACUUCUGUGGAACAUCGACCCUGUUAAUGGACUAUGCAACGGAACAAGGUUGGUUGUUCGGGGGUUUCAAAAAAAUCCUAUCGAUGUUGAGAUUGUGCUAGGACAACAUGCUGGAAAGAGGGUAUUCCUCCCUCGUAUUCCCUUGUGCCCCUCCGAUGAUGAGAUGUUCCCUUUUCGGUUUAAGAGGAAGCAAUUUCCAAUAAGGCUAAGUUUUGCUAUGACAAUCAACAAGGCACAAGGGCAGACCAUUCCUAAUGUUGGUGUUUACCUGCCUGAUCCUGUUUUCUCCCACGGCCAGUUAUACGUCGCGCUGUCUAGAGCCACCGCUAGAAGAAAUAUAAAUAUAUUAGCCAUCUCUAAUUGUGACAGGGAUGUCCGAUCCAAAUCUAGAAAGUCUAGAGGAACAAAAACUCGAAAGAUCCUAGACACCGCUGGAAAUGGCAAAAAGGGCAACGAUUUGCUGUCCAAGUCAGCCAAGUCUCAAGGGACAAUUACGCGAAACAUAGUGUACAGGGAAGUCCUCACAACAUAG